AUGGCAUCCCUCGGCGGCAUCAUGGUAGCCCUUAUCACCCCCUUCACAGACGAUCGUACCAAAAUCGACGAAGUCCGCCUCCAAUCACACAUCGAGCACCUGAUCAAAGCAGGUUGCCACGGCCUCGUACCAGGGGGCAGCACAGGCGAAUUCACAACCCUAAGCCUAGCCGAGCGCAAGCAGUUAACAGAGCUGUGCGUAAAGUUCGCCGCAGGCCGCGUUCCUGUCAUUGCCGGCACUGGUAGCACCUCGACCGAUGAAGCCGUCGAGCUCUCCGUACACGCCGCCAAAGCCGGCGCCGCUGCUACAAUGGUCGUCCCUCCCUUCUAUGACCCCGUCAACCUGGAGCAGUUGCACGAGAUGCUCAAUGAGAUCUACACUUCCUCCGGGCUGCCAAUUGUCUUCUAUAAUAUUCCCUCCGCCAGUGGCUUGACGCUUUCGCCUGCUGAGAUUGCGGGGCUUUCUAAGGUUGGCGUGAAGUAUCUGAAGGAUACCUCCGGCAAUGCGCCUGCGCUUACGGAGCUUAUAUUUGGUCUUUCAGAUCAGAUUACUGCGUUCAAUGGUUGGGACACAUUGACAUUCUAUGGGCUUGCUGCUGGUGCGCCUGGUGGUGUGUGGGGUGCUGCGAACAUUAUCCCUGAGUUAGCGGUUGAGCUUUGGGAUGCUGUUUCUGUUAAGGGGGAUCUCAAGCGUGGACGCGAGAUUUGGGCCAAGGCUUGGCCUAUUUGCAAGUUCUUGGAGUCGCACAACUAUGCUGCUGCUGUUAAGACUGGUUGUGAGUUGAUUGGGCAGCCUACUGGUGGUUUGCGUAAGCCUUUUGCUUUGCUUAGCCCUGAGUUGACGGCUGAGCUUAAGCUAUUGUUACAAAAUGCUGGAGUUAAGACUAUUUAG